CUCAAAGGGAAAGUAAACCGUAUUUGCCUGUAUGUAUUAUGGGCCAUCGCGACCUUUCGGCCCAUACAUUUUAAAACGAAGAACAUAAACCGUUGGUUCACGUGAACUCGUAAACUGUGUGAUUGAUUAAGAAGCCCUCGCUCUCCUCCUCUUCUCCCCUUAUCUUUUCCCCUCCUUUCUCCGGCCAGGGUUUUGGUUUCUCCGUCUGCCGCUCCUUAUCUACGCUCUCUCUUCGUACGCAAUAAGUCACAGUUAGAUACCCUGUGACUCAGCGUUUAAGCUAUGGCGUCUUCAGCAGCUCAAGUUCACGCUCUCGGAGCUACUUAUUUCACGAACAAUCAGUCCUCUUCGAGCAGGAGUUCGUUCAGGAAGGUAUUUUUGGGACAGGGCUUAAACAAUAGAACGUUUUCGUUCGGAUCUAAGCUCACGAGAAGCAACUUCCGUCGCAGGAAUGCAACUAUCACUCCGUUGCGGGUUGUUGCCGAGAAAGUGGUCGGGAUUGACCUCGGGACGACUAAUUCGGCCGUGGCUGCCAUGGAAGGUGGGAAGCCGACUAUUGUGACGAACGCAGAAGGGCAGCGGACCACUCCUUCGGUGGUGGCGUACACUAAAAACGGGGAUAGGCUUGUGGGGCAGAUUGCGAAGCGCCAGGCUGUUGUUAAUCCGGAGAACACUUUUUUCUCGGUGAAAAGGUUUAUUGGGAGGAGGAUGACGGAAGUGGAUGAGGAGUCGAAGCAGGUUUCCUAUCAUGUAUUAAAAGAUGAGAAUGGAAACGUGAAGCUUGAGUGUCCGUCUAUUGGCAAACAAUUUGCUGCAGAAGAAAUCUCUGCUCAGGUCCUGAGAAAGCUUGUUGACGAUGCUUCCAAGUUUUUGAAUGACAAAGUAACAAAGGCUGUCGUCACUGUUCCUGCAUACUUCAAUGAUUCUCAAAGAACAGCUACUAAGGAUGCUGGUCGUAUUGCUGGACUUGAGGUUCUCCGUAUUAUAAAUGAACCCACUGCUGCUGCUUUGGCAUAUGGGUUUGAAAAGAAAAACAAUGAAACCAUAUUGGUAUUUGAUCUUGGCGGUGGAACUUUUGAUGUAUCAGUUCUUGAGGUGGGUGAUGGUGUGUUUGAGGUGCUAUCUACUUCUGGAGACACUCAUCUCGGUGGUGAUGAUUUCGAUAAGAGAGUUGUGGAUUGGCUUGCUGCAGAUUUCAAGAGGGAUGAAGGUAUAGAUCUGCUAAAGGACAAACAAGCUCUUCAGCGUCUAACAGAGACGGCUGAGAAAGCUAAGAUGGAACUAUCAUCCUUGACACAGGCAAACAUUAGCUUGCCAUUCAUUACAGCCACCUCUGAUGGACCUAAACACAUUGAAACCACUCUGACUCGAGCUAAGUUUGAGGAGUUGUGCUCAGAUUUGCUUGACAGGCUCAAAACACCCGUUCAAAAUUCAUUGAGAGAUGCAAAACUUUCAUUCAGUGACAUUGAUGAAGUGAUCCUAGUGGGAGGCUCAACUCGCAUUCCUGCUGUUCAGGAAUUAGUUAAGAAAUUGACAGGAAAGGACCCAAAUGUUUCUGUUAAUCCUGAUGAAGUUGUCGCCCUUGGAGCCGCAGUUCAGGCAGGAGUUUUGGCUGGAGAUGUAAGUGAUAUUGUCCUUCUCGAUGUGACACCAUUAUCCAUUGGGUUGGAAACUCUUGGCGGGGUCAUGACCAAGAUCAUCCCAAGAAACACAACUUUGCCUACCUCAAAGUCAGAGGUGUUCUCUACAGCUGCUGAUGGUCAAACAAGCGUAGAAAUCAAUGUUCUCCAGGGUGAGAGAGAAUUCGUGAGAGACAAUAAAUCUCUAGGAAGCUUUCGCCUUGAUGGAAUUCCUCCUGCCCCUCGUGGAGUUCCUCAAAUUGAAGUCAAAUUUGACAUUGAUGCCAAUGGAAUUCUCUCUGUCUCUGCCUCUGACAAGGGCAGUGGGAAGAAGCAAGACAUCACUAUUACAGGCGCCAGUACCUUGCCCAAUGACGAGGUAGACAGAAUGGUUAAAGAAGCUGAAAGAUUUGCCCAGGAAGACAAAGAGAAGAGAGAUGCCAUUGACACAAAAAACCAGGCCGAUUCUGUUGUUUACCAGACAGAAAAGCAGCUCAAGGAACUUGGUGACAAAGUACCAGGCCCAGUGAAAGAGAAAGUUGAGGCUAAACUAGGAGAGCUUAAAGAUGCCAUCUCUGGUGGAACAACUCAGGUCAUUAAAGACGCAAUGGCUGCCCUUAACCAGGAAGUCAUGCAGCUGGGUCAGUCUCUCUAUAAUCAGCCCGGUGCAACAGCCGGUCCUGGCACACCACCACCACCACCUGGUGGUUCAUCUGAGAAAGGAGCCAAUGGUGAUGUCAUUGAUGCUGAUUUUACAGAUAGCAAGUAAGACGACUCUGAGUAAUAUUUUUCCAAUCUAUUUAAUGGUUUCCUAUAAAAAUGGCUUUUAAAUUUUGAAACACUUAUUGAUAUAUUGGGAUGGGAGGAAGGAGAAUCAAAUUAUGGAAAUAUAGAGGUUAGUUGUUCUCAAUAGCUGCAAAUGUCAAUCAACUCAAUCCCUUCGGCUACAUUACGUUAUUAUGUUAUCGUUGUUGCCAUUUGUUCCAUUAUUAUUAUAUUAGUAGAGACAGCUUUAAGUGAGUAAUAAUAAAAGUUCUGCAUAUAGUGUUUUGAAAUUAUUUACAUCGUUACAUGUAUUAUUAUAUACUCCGUAGUCCGUACUACGUGUAUGUUAUGUCAUAUGUUGGAUACUCUGGAAUGAACUUCAAAACAGCGCUGGUCUUUGAAAAAAAUC